AUGUCAUAUCAACGUUCAAGUUUCCAUAGACGCCCAAAGUGGGAUUCUCAAAAGCGUAUUCUUAACGCGUAUGAACAUGCCAUUAAAGCCAACGAUAAGGCAGAAACUAAUGGUCAUAGCAGCGAACAGGAAUCUGAAGAAGAAGAAGAAGAAGAAGGAAAAUAUGGUGAUACCGUUAUUGAUGCCAGAGCACUUUUAAAGGGAGAAGAGGUUGAAGGAAUUGAUGACAAUGAUUUUGAAGACGAAGAGUUGGAUUCGGAUGAAGCUUUCGGGUCUUCAGACCAGUCUGAUGAGGAAGAUUUAAACCAUAAGAAGUUUGGAGAUGAUUUGGAUGAUGAUUUCAACUUGAAAUAUGAUGGUAUUGACCCCACGCAAUUAAUGCCUUUAUCUGCGAUUUGGGAUUUGGAUGAAAAAGAAGUUACUAAAGAUAAGGUUCAAAAAGUGGUUGAAAGGAGAAAGAAGAAUAAUAAUAGUGAUAUCAUCUUAGACGAUAAUCUCAGUGAUAGCGAUGAAGACGAAGAAGGAGGGUACAAUGAGACAUCUUCUUCUGAAAAUGGAGAUGAUGAUGAUGAGGAUGAGGAUCCUUUUGAUGAAAUAGACGAAGAAGAUGUUGAAGAGGAGGAGGGUGCAGGUAAGUUGACCAAUGUUAUGACUGCCUUGAAGAAAGGAUUACCCAAAGAAAAGAAAGAGGUUACCAGUUUGGUGAAUGAUAACAUGCAAGAAAAUUCUUACAGUUUACCGACUCAAGGCAAAGAACUUAGUUUUGCAGAUAUGAUGGUUGGAGUUGAUAAUAUGAGUAAAGAUCAGCAGCCUGCACUAUUGUUAAAGGAUCGAGGUGAAGAUGUUAAGAAUAAUAAAGGAUUUGCCGUUCCCUUGCCUCAAAGUAUACAAAAAAGACAGGAAAGAAAGGCAGCUUAUGAAAUUCAGAAAGAAGAAGUUGCGAAAUGGGAGGAUACCAUUGAAAGUAAUAGACAGGCUGAAGUUUUGAAGUUUGGACGAGAUAAAAUAGAGCAUUCUGUGCGGUCUUCAUUUGAGCCUACGGAAAGGCCUUUGAAUGAGAUUGAAGAGAAAAUAGAUGCUGUCCUAGAAACAUCCAAUGUGGAAAGUAAAAAGACUGAAGAUAUGUUUGAGCAAAUUGAAACCGCCAAGAUGACUAAAAACGAUAUUUUUAAACGGACGAAAGAGUUGAGGCUAAUGAGAGAGUUAAUGUACAGAGGACAACGAGAUUCGAAGAGGUUGAAGAAAAUUAAAUCCAAAGCUUACAGGAGAAUUCUGAGAAAGGAAAAAAUGAAGAAUCAGAGACUUGUUGAGGAGGCAGAGGGUGAAAGUGGAGAAGAUGUUGAAGAGGCUGCAUAUGAGCGUGCUAAGGAAAGGAUGACUUUGAAGCAUAAGAACACUUCUGCCUGGGCCAAGAAUAUGAUCAAAAGUGGAAUGUCCAAAGAUGCUGAUACUCGAGAAGAGAUGGAGGAGAUGUUGAGAAAAGGAGAAAGCUUAAAGAAAAAGCAACUUGGUAAAAAAGACGUUGAAUCCAGCGAUGAAGAUGAUGAAAGAGAGAUAUCUGAUAUUGAAAAGGAGGUUGGAAUUGAGGGGACAGACAAUGCAUCAAAGGAGAAAUUGGGUAAAGGUGUUUUGGCCAUGGAUUUCAUGAGGAAUGCUGACAAAAAAGAGAGAGAACGUACUUUAGAGGAGAUCAGCGAGCUUAGAAACCUGGAAGAGGGGGGAGAUGAUUCGGACGAAAAGCAGUUGUUGCGUCAGCUAGAGAACUCAGUGAACAUUAACUCAAAUUCUGGAAGAAGAGUGUAUACACCUUCCGCAGCAUUAGCUGCUGAAGGAAUCAAUGAACAACGAAAAGAAAUUUUGAGAGAGGUCGAAGAAGAUAAUUCUCGGGAUUUGGAGCAUCGAUUGAAGAUGAAAGGGAGGAAACAUAAGAAAAUAUCUAGGAAAGAAGAUGAUGAGGAGGUGAAUCCAUGGCUCGAGGAUACCGAAGAGAAGACGCGCAAAUCAUCUAAAGUUCAUGUCACUGAUGGGCAGUCUUCUAGAUUAGAGAAAUCUGCAGCUAAGAUAGCCAAGAAGGCUAAGAAGGCUAAGAAAAGGUCGAGAAGGGACUCUGAAAACGAGGAGGAUGUUGUUAUUGAAGACAAGCAAACCUUAAAUAUUGGUGGUGGCUUAGAAGAUGAGUUUGAAGGUGAGGGAGAUAAGGAAGAAGAUAUCAGAGUUUUCAAGCAGAAAGACCUGAUCAGAGAAGCCUUUGCAGGAGAUGAUGUCAUUGAGAAGGAAUUUGAAAAUGAAAAGAAAGAAAUUGAAGAACUGGAAGGAGAUAAGGAGGAAGUUGAGGAAGAAUUACCAGGCUGGGGAUCAUGGUGUGGUGGAGAUGAAUCCGAAAAUAAGAAACGAAAGAAGAAUAAGAAGAGAAGAAUCUUUAGAACGGUGCAAGGUGUGGUACCAAAAGAUCGGAGGUUAGACAAGGGUAAGAAGAAUGUGAUUGUCAAUGAGAGGGUUAAUAAAAAGAAUGUCAGGUAUUUGGCAGACAAGGUUCCUUAUCCAUUCAAGACAUGGGCUCAAUACGAGAAAACAUUGCGGACUCCUAUUGGCCAAGAUUGGAACUCCAGAGACUCUUUCCAGAAGAUGACAAUGCCAAAGGUUUUAUCUAAGUACGGAGAUGUGAUUGAUCCCAUGAAGGCCCCAUUCAAUUGA